UAGGCGUAAUGUCACUGUAUUUUGAAAAUCCUGUCAGUUUUCCUGAACCGGGAUCUAUUUCUGUAAACGGAAUAUGGCACCCAAAUGCUGCCCUUUUGGCCGUGGCCAGCUUUUCUCAAGAUCGAGGCGGAUUUGUAAUUAUUUUUGAUGAACUCGGAGAAUCUUUGAAAGAUGUGAAUUAUCCUGUUCAUAGAAGUUAUCAGGUCACAGCUUUGGCUUGGCAUCCUGAAAAAACUGUUCUUGCAACAGGUUGGGAGAAUGGUGAAAUGAAAAUAUGGAAUGGUACUGAAAAAGAAUUUAUAAAUGUUGUUGGACCCCAGAAAGCACCAAUCACGUUGCUGCAAUUUAGUGAAAAGGGUGGAAGGCUUGUUUCUUGUGAUUCAACGGGAUCGGUUGUUGGGUGGAAGAUUGACAGUAAAGGCGAAACGAACUUAUCCUUUCACUUGGAUCUGAAAGAAUCCAUAACACAUCUUACCUUUAGACUUACUGUUAGGAAUCAUCCUGAUUUUGACGUUGAGGGGUUAGCGAAAGCAGCAGUCAAUGGAGAUGAACAUGCUCUGGAUAUGUUCAGUAAUUGGAGACCUAAAACUACAGCAAGAAAAUUCAAAGUGCAAGAUGGAGCCGAUAAUUUAAAUUUUUUUAUAGCGACCCAAGCAGGUUCCAUUUAUUAUGUUAACGCUGCCGGUUCCUGUGCGGAGGUUUUAAAUACAGAAGGGGUGCCCCUUUCUUAUGUAAUUUAUCACCCCGUUAAAGAUGCUGUGAUUGUAAUGAUGGAAGGUUUAACCAUAGGCCAUUUUUCUGUCGACUAUCAAGGUCACUUAAAUGAAAUUGCUAAAGUAAAACUGAGCGGUAGAGUGCAGUCCCGAUCUGUAGGAAGUCAGGGCUUAGUUUGGGCAGGAAAUACUAGUCUCGCUGUUUUAACUGGUGAAUUAACUGUCCGUAUUUGGGAUACGGACUCAAACGACAAUUACGUUUUGCCAACCGCUAUGAAACUGUAUGCUCCCGACGAUAAAUCUCAUACAGUCAAUGAAAUUUUUACCUGCUUAUCGUACAGUAAAUUGAACCAAACUCUCUGUGCAGGCACAAACAUAGGGAGGAUAUAUUUCUGGACAAAGAAACCAAAUUCCAGCGAACUAGAAAAUCCUGAGGAUAGCUGGGAACUAAAUAAUGUCAACACCAUUAGCGGUACAAUAAAACAACUAAUGUGGGGUUCGGUGAUGCUCAGGCUACCUCUACUAAGUGUGAAUUGUGUCACUUCGGUCUACAUAAUGAAAGAACAGAGCAUUUGUCAAAGUUUUUCGGAGAAGAUUUGGGCUACACAGAAGACGGCCAGUCAAGUGUUGUUGGAAACCGACAAAAGCAAUUAUUUGCUGCAGUUGGAGUCCCAGGUUACGGAUAUAGCCAUAUCAGAAAAUACUUUGGCCUUAACUAAUGGCAGGAUUAUUACAGUGUAUGAAAUAAUAUGGAUCGACAAUGAUAAUACUCUGGGAAAGAAAUCUUCGACAACACAAGGUGAAAAUGAUAAUGAAUUUUCCAUUAAUUUACUAAACAAAUUCAAUUCUGAUAAUGACGGCAUGGUAAUACAUGAACAAACCAUAAUCACAAUAAACUCCAAAGCAGUCACUUUACAUACCUGCAAAGGCUCCAUCAUAACUUCCAUUACAUCAGGCCUGAGCGAAGGAGAGCCUAUUGGCAUGGAUGUGACUGGUCAAUACUUAACGAUUUUCACGAUGGAAGGUUUCCUUAAGAUUUAUGAUCUAAGCGAAGCCGAAUCAAAGCUUGUAACUCCAGUUAGAAACUUAUACGAUACGGUGUCUGAUUUUGGCGAGAUAAUCCAAGCCAAGACGAACUCGGCUGGAAAUAAGGUAGCUAUGACGCUGGCAGCCGCUAAUCUCAUACCAGACGGAAAACUAUAUAUCUGGGAUGUGGAGAACGAUGAAAUGGUGAUAUACGAUUUCCGAAAAUAUGACUUUGCUGAUAAAAAUGAUAUGGAUGGUAUGUAUAGGAGCGAUGAGAAUGAAAAAGAUGUUGAAGAAGUUAGGAACGAUGCCGAGGAAAUAAAAAUGGCAUUUGAUGAAAUUUGUAAGAACAGGAUUCCUUUGAACUUGUUUUGGGAUGCAGAAGAUCCCAGGCUGUUAGUGUGUAAUGCAAGAAAGCUGAAAAUGUCUACAGGAAAAAAUAAAGGGUUUCUUAUUAGGUCAAAAUCUAUGGCAGAAGAGAAGAAAAGCCUUAAAGAUGAGGAUCAAGUAAUUGUAACUAUGUUUGUGUCAUCUGAAAAUGGAAUUAGAAUCCAUGACAUAAAAGCUAUAGAUUCAGAUGCUAGAUUGGUAGCGUGCGCUACACCUUACAUUGUAACAUUACAAAAGCUGAAUAUUGUGAGAGAAAUUAUGAGUGAUUUCAAUGGUCUCGAAAACUGCGAUAAAACAACUAGGGACGCUGUCCUAGAUUUUAGUUAUAAUUUAACAUUAGGAAAUAUGGAUGCCGCAUUUAAGGCUAUAAAAUUAGUGCAGAGCAGUGGGGUGUGGGCUAGCCUUGCCCGUAUGUGCGUGAAAACACGAAGGUUAGACGUAGCCGGUGUGUGUUUAGGACAUAUGGGUAACGCAAUGGCUGCCAGAGCACUGCGUUUAGCCAUGGCUGAUGAUUCCUUACCUUUGGAAGCCAAAGUUGCUGUUUUAGCAAUACACUUGGGGAUGUUAGAUGAGGCCGAACAACUUUAUAUUCAGUGCGGGAGAUACGACUUACAGAACAAACUACUCAGAAGCAGGAAUAAGAUGGACGCAGCUCAUGCGGUAGCUGAGUCAAAAGACAGAAUUAACUUGAGAAAUACCGAGCACGUCUGGGCUAGAUCGUUGGAACAAGCAGGAGAUUUUAAGGAGGCCACUGCCCGCUACGAGAGGGCCAACACUCAUUUGUACGAUGUCCCUAGAAUGCUCUGUGACCAUCCACAGCAGUUGCAGGCAUACAUGUUAAAAACGAAAGAUAAGGAAAUGUUGAAAUGGUGGGCUCAAUACAUAGAAUCGCAAGGUGAUAUGCAUUCGGCCUUAAAGGUAUACGCCAGCGCUGGCGAUAUUUACUCUCAAGUUCGCGUCUUAUGUUUUUUGGGAGAAGAAUCAGCCGCCUCCGAGUUGGCCAGAUCUAACUGCGACAAAGCGGCUUACUACCACUUGGCGAGGUAUUACGAAACCAUCGGAAACUACGAGGAAGCAGUAAAUUUUUUCACGAAAGCGACUGCUUACUGCAACGCUGUGCGUUUGUGCAAGGAGAACAACAUGGCGGAGGAACUGUGGGACUUGGGUGUCGUCGUUGCGAACAGGGAGAAAGUCGAAUGUGCGAAGUUCUUCGAGGAGCGGGGUGAUCUUGAGAAAGCUGUGGUUCUGUAUCACAGGGGAGGCAUGCUUCAUAAGGCUCUGGAUCUGGCGUUUAAAACGCAGCAGUACGAAGUUUUGCAGGAUAUUGCCACCCAACUGGACUCGUACUCAGAUCCUGCGUUGGUGCAGAAGUGUGCAGAGUACUUCGUUACCAAUGAACAGUUUGAUAAGGCUGUUGAUUUACUUGCAAUAGCUAAAAAGUACAAAGAAGCUAUUAGUCUGUGUUUAACUCAUAACGUUCAACUAACCGAAGACCUAGCAGAGAAACUUACGCCAGAGAAAGAUGUUGUUGAAGAAGAAAUGAGACUGAAUGUUUUGGAAAAUCUAGCAGAAAGUUUAAUGGUUCAGGGAAAUUAUCACUUGGCAACCAAGAAGUUUACGCAGGCAGGAGAUAAGAUACGUGCCAUGAAAGCACUGUUGAAGUCCGGAGACACAGAAAAAAUCGUUUUCUUUGCUGGCGUUUCAAGGCAACGAGAAAUUUAUAUUAUGGCUGCGAACUAUCUACAAUCUCUGGACUGGCAGAAUCAACCCGAAGUGCUUCGCAACAUCAUUACGUACUAUUCUAAGGGAAAGGCUUUGGACUUAUUGGCAAAUUUUUAUGUUGCAUGUGCGCAGGUGGAAAUAGACGAGUUUCAAAACUACGAGAAAGCCUUCGGUGCCUUGACAGAAGCGUCGAGGUGCUUACAAAAAAUCACUAAUCUGAAGGACCCGAAGCAGAUACAGAAAGCUUCUGAAAUAGUACAACAGAGGCUGACCUUGGUGAAAAGGUUCGUGGACAUUCGCAGGUUAUUCGAGCGGGGAGAUCACCAAACUGGUAUGUCUCAGUCUCGCCAAUUGCUGAUGUCUGGAGGUGAAGAAUUAGAGGCGGCCGUAAGACGCGGCGAUAUUUUCGCCCUAAUGAUACAUCAUUGCGUUAAAUCUGGUAACUUUACUGAGGCAAAACAGCUCUGUGGAGAGUUGCGUCAAUUUUUAAGUGCCGCGAAUAGUAACACACCCGUUACUUAUUAUCUGAAUAAGGAAUUGAUUGAGGCGCUAGCUCAGGGUCUCGGAGUACCAGUGUCUGCCAUCGUACCUGUAACAACUAAGUUGGCUAUGACUGAGGAAGAAAUCGAAACAGUUGAAGAAGUUAUAGAGGAAUAUACUGUUUAAUUUUUUAAUAAUAUUUUGUUUAAUCUUGCACUACUACACUAAAUCCGUCCGAAUUUGUGAUUAAAUAUAUUUAAGUAUAUAAAACUUAUG